GUGAGAAGGACUGAAGUGCAGCACUUGUUGGUGAGAAGGACUGAAGAGCAGCACUUGUUGGUGAGAAGGAGUGAAGAGCAGCACUUGUUGAGAGGAAGGUGUGGUGAAGGUCUCCUCUUAUCCCAUUAGAGGGUUAAGUCUACUUUUGGCUCUUGCCAAGAAAGAUGAAGAAGAUUAAGUCCUGGCUCAGUCAGUCCUCUUCCGUCUCUCCUGAGAAAUGAGAAAUGGGCGCCCACGGCUCCAACCUGGAAGACAUCCUGGAGGAGGACAUGCACCACUGGUACACCAAGUUCAUGAAGGAGUCUCCCUCGGGACUCAUCACUCUCUUUGAGCUCAAGACCAUGCUGGACAUGAGCGGCAUGACGCAGGAGGCCAGCGGCUACGUGGACCAGGUCUUCUUCACCUUCGACAUGGACGGGGACGGCUACAUCGACUUUGUGGAGUACAUCGCCGCCAUCAGUCUCCUGCUCAAAGGAGAAGUCAACCAGAAGCUCAAGUGGUACUUCAAGCUCUUUGACCAGGACGGCAACGGCAAAAUAGACAAGGACGAGAUGGAGACCAUCUUUAAGGCCAUACAAGACAUCACCAGGACCUACGACGUUCCUCCUGAACAAAUCGUCACGCUCAUAUACGAAAAGAUCGACAUCAACGAAGAAGGAGAGUUGACCUUGGAGGAGUUCAUCAGCGGUGCCAGGCAGCACGCUGACAUCAUGGAGAUGCUCACCAAGAUGAUGGACCUCACCCACGUGCUGGAGAUCAUCAUCAUGGGACAGCAGAAGCACAGCUUGGACACAAAGUGACACACCUUCUGUCGCAGGACGGACACGUCGCCAAGACGCCGUCCAAACUUUCUGGCUGGCGGUCUUGUGGAGCUUCUUCGGCCACAAGAUGUUAUGGAACCAAAAGACGCGUUGAAGAUGGCAGGUCUUCCAAAGUCUCCUGGAUGGCGUUGCUACACUUCAGUAUUGACAUCAUGUGUUUAUAACCUGAUGAUUUGACACAAGAUGACAGAAGUAGUUUGCUGUAUUUGGGGUGACCAUAUCAAUGUACUGUAUGUUGAUCUUCUAAUGAAGUGUCCGCUGCUUAGCGUCUUUCUCCAAUGUGUUGCCUUAAAUUGUCACACUUGCUCAAUAUACUGAGUGUUGAUUCAACCUUGCAUUAGACACAUUUCACAGAAUUGCCGCAUAGCCAAGAAUAUCUUACUUCAAUCUAACGUGAACAUUACCGACUGAUGUCGGGACGUCCGAGGCAACGCGAACGCGACGUUGAUCACGUGACGCAAAGAGAGCCAAUCAGCAGCGAGAUAAUUGAGGCAAGGCGGAAGCAUCAACAAUGGCGGCGAAAACUAACAGCGGGAAGUUGAAAUUGAAGCCGACUUCAGAAAAGUGACCACAAUGUGCUAAACAUGUUCAUACAUGAUCAGUUGUAUAAGUCUUGGACUCUACAAAAAACAACGAGGAGAAGAGUUGGCAGAUGAAAUCACCUUCGUAAUGGAGUUAGCAGGUAAGCUAACAGCUGAUCUUUUCCUAAUACCCCGGAUGUUUGGAUGAUCGCGCGACAAGGCUGCCCCUCACAGGUCAG